CCCGCGAUGCAGUGCGCGCCUGCGCCGUCCCUCGCCUCGGAGCAGCCAUGAUGGAAGGCCUGGACGACGGCCCCGACUUCCUCUCGGAGGAGGACCGCGGACUUAAAGCAAUUAAUGUAGAUCUUCAAAGUGAUGCUGCUCUACAGGUGGACAUUUCUGAUGCUCUUAGUGAGAGAGAUAAAGUAAAAUUCACUGUUCACACAAAGAGUUCAUUGCCAAAUUUUAAACAAAAUGAGUUUUCUGUUGUUCGACAACAUGAGGAAUUUAUCUGGCUGCACGAUUCCUUUGUUGAAAAUGAAGACUAUGCAGGUUAUAUCAUCCCACCAGCACCACCAAGACCUGACUUUGAUGCUUCAAGGGAAAAACUACAGAAGCUUGGAGAAGGAGAAGGGUCCAUGACAAAGGAAGAAUUCACAAAGAUGAAACAGGAACUGGAAGCUGAAUAUUUGGCAAUAUUCAAGAAGACUGUUGCAAUGCAUGAAGUGUUCCUGUGUCGUGUGGCAGCACAUCCUAUUUUGAGAAAAGACUUAAAUUUCCAUGUCUUCUUGGAAUAUAAUCAAGAUUUGAGUGUACGGGGGAAAAAUAAAAAAGAAAAACUUGAAGAUUUCUUUAAAAAUAUGGUUAAAUCAGCCGAUGGUGUAAUUGUUUCAGGAGUAAAGGAUGUAGAUGAUUUCUUUGAGCAUGAGCGAACAUUCCUUUUAGAAUAUCAUAACCGAGUCAAGGAUGCAUCUGCUAAAUCUGAUAGGAUGACAAGAUCCCACAAAAGUGCUGCAGACGAUUACAAUAGAAUUGGUUCUUCAUUAUAUACUUUAGGAACUCAGGAUUCUACAGAUAUAUGCAAGUUUUUUCUCAAAGUUUCAGAACUGUUCGAUAAAACAAGAAAAAUAGAAGCACGGGUGUCUGCUGAUGAGGACCUCAAGCUUUCUGACCUUUUAAAAUACUACUUAAGAGAAUCUCAAGCUGCUAAGGAUCUCCUCUAUCGAAGAUCUAGAUCCCUAGUGGAUUAUGAAAAUGCUAAUAAAGCACUGGAUAAGGCAAGAGCAAAAAAUAAAGAUGUUCUACAGGCAGAAACAUCCCAACAAAUGUGUUGUCAGAAAUUUGAAAAAAUAUCUGAAUCUGCAAAACAAGAACUUAUAGAUUUUAAAACAAGAAGAGUUGCUGCAUUCAGAAAAAAUUUAGUGGAACUGGCAGAAUUAGAACUGAAGCAUGCAAAGGGUAACCUACAGUUGCUGCAGAACUGCCUGGCAGUGUUAAAUGGAGACACAUAAGCCACACUCCACCUUCUGGUUGAAAAGGGCUGCCUUCCUUCAGAUUUUUUUUCUGUUUUCUUAAUGAUAUUAGGCAUUUACUGCUCACUGGAAACAAAAGAAACAGCUGACAAAGUGCAUCUACUCUCCUUUUCUUCUGAGAAAUAGUGGAGCAGUGCCGCCCACAGGUGCUGCAGUCUGUGGUGGUCACUGUGGUCCAGCAUCUGAACCCCACACAGCUCUCCAUCCCCAUCACCUUGCGCGCCUGCCCUUCAAAAGCCAAAAGUUCAGUCUUUUUGUUUAAAUUGCCUCUGUAAUUGUUAAUUUUAUGACUAGCAUUCCUUAUGGCUUCCAGUCUUAUUUACCUUUAAUUUCUGAAAUUUAACCCUUUCAAAAUACAUUGUUCAAUUGAGAUAAAGAUUGCUGUUACUUUUUUGCGAAUUUUGUUUUUAAAAAAUACCGUAUACCACCUUCAUGUAUUCUGGAAAAGCAUCUUAAUCAGACUUACUUUUAAUUAAUGACAUUUUAGGGACAGACUUUAUGUAAUCUUUAUGAUUUCUGAAGAAAAGCAAAUGCAUUAGUAUGUUUGCCUUAAACUUGUAGACUAAACCAAUUAUUGUCAAAUAAACGGUGAUAACAGUGA